GUUGAAACAAUGAAUAAAAAGAGAGAAGAGAAGCGCAAAAUUAGUUCAUGGAGGAAAUGGGCAGCAUGCACACAACGGUCAAGAACAACAAUGAAGUGGAGGGCAGGAAGACAGCACAUGCAGCUGAGCGCUCUCCUUCGCGAGUGGGGAGCGUACGUGAGCUGCCGCAAAGAGAAGUCUUCUUUGGUUCAAAGGAUUAUGGAGAUUUUAGUUGACUGUGGCUUCGCCACAGAUCGACUUCAGCAAAUGGUGAGAAGAUGGAAGCACCUUGAUGCUGCCAGAUGCUUUGCGCAGUGGAAGCGAUACUGUGAAGAAGUUGCUAAGUACCAGGGACUCCAGGACUUGGCACUUAACCAUGCUUCCAAUAGCUAUUUGCGCAAGGCUCUAUUCGGACUCUUUUGGGCACGACAAAGACGGAGGGACAGGUGUAAGGGAGAGGAGUUUCAAAAACUCAAUGCUCAAAAGAGAGGAUUCCAGUCAUGGAGAAAAUGCUGUAAGAAUAAAACAGCAAAGAAAUUGCAAGAGCAUCAUGCUAGUCAGCAGCAUGCUCGUAGAGAAUGUUCCAAGGCAAUUGCGGCAUUGAAGAGGAACGCAGCCGAUAGGAAGAGAAAAGGCAUAAAGGAAGACAGUGCACGGAGGCAUAUGAUUCGCCAUAGGUGCAGCAAGGCACUGAAGGCAUGGGACUUUCAUCUAAAUGGAGUGCAGGUUUCUCGCCGAGGGAAUAUUAAGAGUGUCCUUCACUAUGCAGGCACCCUCGCAAGGAAGGCAUUCUUCCAGUGGACUAAGUGGGUGAAGGACAUUCAAGAGCUACAAGAUGUUCAAAAGGGUACUGUAUUUCACAUGGAACGUUAUCGCAUGCGUGUGGCCUUUGCUGCCUGGAGGAGAUGGGCUAAGCUCAUCAUUGACGUUAGAGACAAAGUCAACAGGUUCAUUCGAUUGCAACAGCUUGAGAGGAGGGCAGAGGUGCUACGAAUUUGGUCGUCAUGGGCGCAAAUGAAGGCAUAUGAGAGAGAAACUAGAACAGCGGCACAAGGAAGGACCUUCGUUCCCACCGCUCUGCCGACAGGACAAACACGUACUGGAAGGUGGACGUCAGGUGGUGACAACCCGAUGACUCGUCGGAGUCCUUCAACCGACAGUGGAGGUGAACGAAGUGAUGGUGCGGACGAUACAAAUGCGCUCAUGUGUGAGUAUUUCGUACAAAUGGCGGAGAAACAUAGAGAAAGAGUGGAACGUGAAAGAGAAGAGGAAAGAAGGAGACUAGAGGAGGAAGCUCGUCGUGUGAAAGAAUCUAGGAGGGCUCUUAGGGAGGAGCAGAGGCUGCGACACGAAGAAGACCGAGACAUAAGACUGAUGUGGAUCUUACGAAGUGAGUUCAGAAAGGAACAGGAAGGAGACUUGGAACGAGAUGAAUGUAAAGGGAAGAGACCAGCAAAGUCGUUUAGUCGGAAUGAUGGGAUCAACGAAGAAAAAGAACGACUUCGAAGAAGUAUAGCGCAACGGACGAUCGGGAUCGAAGAGAUGGAGGAUGAAGAGUUGGUAGCACUUCGGAAACAAGCUGCCACGCUGGAUUUACUAGAGAAGAGGAAGCGCGGUCCAGAUUUACCGGUGGGAAAUAGUCCACCUAUUGUCACUCGUGAGAAGCAAUCGAGCACGAGGCUCUCGAAUGAAGCGAAAGCGCGGAUUGAAUUACUGAAAGGCGACCUGACAAAGGAGGCUGGGAUGUCGAGUGCGCCGUCGAGGAUCGACUUGUCACUCAAGCACAUCAUGGCCUCAUGUGGACUAGGACGUAAGGAGAAAUCCGAGCAGGAGUGCCAUGACUUUUACGACGCCGUGACUAUUGAAGAAUUGAAGGAAACAUGUCGUCGGGAGAAAGUAGCUUAUGGCAAUCGAGACCUUGCUAUCAAAUGUUUGAUCACACGAAGGUCGGCAGUAGCAUAUGAUCCCUCGACGAUUCUGCCACCUUCGACGCCGAGUGUCGCAACAAGAGCAAGUAAAGGCAAGGUUGCACUAUAUCGCAAAAAUGAAGGAAAAAGUUUUUCGCUUCUGGUGCUCUCUUGCAGUAAAUAUGGGCAGAGCCUUCCGCUCUUGGAGGUCGUUCUGUGCGCACAAGGCUCAACGACGGUCUGUUCUAUCCAGAGUGGAGUUGCAGAAACAACACCGAGUACUGCACAAGCUGCUGAUAAGCUGGUCACGGGUUCAACUCCAGGGAACUGUGCAGAUACUGUACACAGCACCUUUGAUGAUAAUCCCGAUGAUGAUGAUGAUGAUGAUGAUGUUGAUGAUGCUGAUGAUGCUGAUGAUGAUAACGUAACUAAUGGUGUUGAUGACGAGACCUUUGAUGAUAGUACCCUAAUGAUGAUGAUGGUGGUGACGAGCGGCACCCUGAUGAUGAUAACGAAACAUUACCGUGAUGACGAUGUCGAUGAUGAUGAUGAACCACGGCCUGUUGAUGAUGCUGAUGAUGAUGAUGAUGACGAGCUAAUGAUGAUGAUGAUGAUGACGAGCAGCACCCUCAUGAUGAUGAUGCUAGCAAACCUUGAUGAUGAAGCCUUGAUGAUGAUGGUGACGAACAUCAGCUUGAUGACGAACUGCGCCCCUGAUAGCCUCAUUGUGAUGACGAUAACAGUGUUGAUUGUACUUGAUAACACGUCCAAGCUGCGCUCCUGAAGACGAAAGCAGCGGGGUGAUGUCGAAUCACGACCUACU